AUGUUCCAUGGUAUAAUUCUCAGGUGGACCGUCUUCCUCAGUCAAUUCCUCUCAAUCGCAGCGGCCGACGCAAUUCAAGCUCCCCUCCGCAAUGCACCCGCCUCUCAAUCAAAACCUCACCGCAUAGCCGUCAUCGGUGCUGGGCCUGGGGGUUCUGCUGCAUCCUAUUACUUGAACCAAUUCUCUCGAUCUGCCUCCGUGGACAUCCCUUUCGAGAUUACUGUCGUCGACUCGAACUCUCGAAUCGGCGGACGAACGACAACGGUGAAUGCCCUCGAUGACCCACGGUAUCCGACCGAAAUUGGCGCCAGUAUCUUCGUCAAGAUCAACCACAUCCUUUACAAUGCAACUCGAGACCUCAACCUGACUCCUUCCAUCAAAAUCUACGAGUCCGGCCCAAACUCGAACUACAAGCUUGGAAUAUGGGACGGGACAGAUUUUGUCUUCAAGACCGCUACAGACGAUAACAACAGCUCCUGGCGGGAGUGGUGGGAUAUUGCAAAACUGCUGUGGAAAUACGGGUGGAGUCCUAUCAGAACCCAAAGGGCCACUAAAGCUGCUAUUGGGAAAUUUCUGACCUUCUACAAUGAUCCACUAUUUCCCUUCCCGUCCUUGCAAUCCGCCGUCGACAGCUCGGGGCUAGAUGAAUAUACUGCUGUGCCCGGCAAGCAGACCUUACAAGAGGCGGGCAUAAGUGAAUUAUUCUCCAGGGAGCUCAUCCAGGCUAGCACAAGAGUCAAUUAUGCCUCCAAUCUAGGAGGUAUCCAUGGACUGGAGACUUUGGUAUGCAUGGCCAUUGAAGGCGCCAUGGCCGUGGAUGGCGGGAACUGGCAGAUUUUCGACAGGAUGGUGAAAAGCUCCGCGACUCGCCUCCUGUUGAACACCACUGUGACGGACGUGAUCAAGGAUGCAGACCGGGGCACUUUUCAGUUGCAAACUGCUCACUCAGAAAUCAACAAUCGAACCGACACGGAGGGAUACGACACUAUCGUCCUCGCGGCGCCGUAUCAAUUCGCAAACAUAACAUUCACACCACCACUGGCUCGGCCGCCUGCCGAAAUCCCCUACGUCUCGCUUUACGUGACCCUCUUCACCUCACCUCAUCGCCUGUCCCCGUCCUUCUUCGGCUUACAAUCCCAAGCAGAUGUACCUUCUGCCGUCCUCACAACACUGACCGAGGAUCUGAGCGACGAGCUAGCUUCCAGACGCGGCGUAGACGCCGUCGGCCCAGCCGGAUUCUGGUCAAUCAGCACACUGCGCGUUCUCCACCCAGAGACAGACGGUACCUUUUCUGGCCCAAUUACUUCCCACCAUGCCCCCAACUCCAACGGUACCAAAGCCUCAAUCAGCGAUGACUCCCACGCCCAAUACCUGUACAAGAUCUUCUCGCCCGCACCUCUCACAGGGAAAUUCCUCUCCUCAUUGCUCGGAUUCCCAUACAUUCCGUCCGACUCGGACUCAAGCCCAAACAACGAUCCACUCUCAUCCCUCCCUAAAUCUGAAGUAACCUGGCUAUACGAGAAACACUGGCAUAGCUACCCCUACGAAGCGCCCAUUACGACUUUUGAGAAUUUCACGCUGCACACAACCACCGCUCUGUCCUCCACAUCCUCUUCUGAUAGCCAGCAUGAGGGACUAUGGUACCUCUCGGGCAUGGAAUCAUUCAUUUCGACGAUGGAAACCAGUGCGCUCGCGGGGAUGAAUGUCGCGAAGCUGAUCGUCAACCAGCUACAGGCGAGGAGGGAGGGCACAACUCGAACACCAUGGUACUAG